AUGGAGGCUUUCCCCUGGGCGCCCCGCUCGCCCCGCCGCGCCCGCGCCCCCGUCCCCGUCCCCGCGCCCAUGGCGCUCGUGCCCAGCAGCCCCUACGUGAGCACCCCGGGCCCGGCGCACCCGCAGCCCUUCAGCUCGUGGAACGACUACCUGGGGCUCGCCACGCUCAUCACCAAGGCGGUGCACGGCGAGCCGCGCCUGGGCUGCGCGGGCAGCGGGGCCGGCGACAGCGACGGCGUCGGCGUGGUCGGCCUGGGCAUCGGCCUCGGCCUCGGCGUGGGCGUGGGCGGCUCCCCGCCCUCCUCGUCGUCGUCGUCCUGCUGCUCGCCUCACGCGGGCGCCGGGCCCGGGGCGCUGGGCCCCGCGGCGCUGGGGCCGCCCGACUACGACGACGACGCUGACGGCGACCGCGACGACGGCGACGGCGACGGCGACGAGCCGGGCUCCCGGGCCCGCUGCCUGGGCCCGGGCGCGCUGGAGCUGCGCGCGCUGGAGCUGUGCGCCGGCCCCGCCGAGGCCGGGCUGCUGGAGGAGCGCUUCGCCGAGCUGAGCCCGUUCGCCGGCCGCGCCGUGCUGCUCGGCUGCGCGCCCGUCACGGCCGAGGGGGCCCCGCCGCGCGAGGAGCGCGCCCCGGCCUGGCUCGCCGAGCCCCGGCCGCCCGCCGCCGCCGCCCGCCUGCUCAAGCCCGAGCUGCAGGUGUGCGUGUUCUGCCGCAACAACAAGGAGGCGGUGGCGCUCUACACCACGCACAUCCUCAAGGGCCCCGACGGCCGCGUGCUGUGCCCGGUGCUGCGCCGCUACACUUGUCCCCUGUGCGGCGCCAGCGGCGACAACGCGCACACCAUCAAGUACUGCCCGCUCUCCAAAGUGCCGCCGCCGCCGCCCCGCAGCGCCAAGAAGCUGCGCUGA